AUGCACGCGACGGCGAUACGAUCCAAGGCAUCUACCUCCUGGAAGACGUUGAAGCAUUGGGAGGCGGUGCUAAAGGACCAUUGCGAGUUCGCCGUGUUCGCCGAGUAUAAGAACCUCGACGAAGAUGCCCAGAAGAAGCUGUUGCAAGCACUGGAGGGCGCCGUGUUGAUGCAGCUUGCAAACAUUCUUGCGCAGUUGCAGUUGCGAAAUGGGAAGGCAAGCAGCAAGAACAGUCGAAAAAGUAAGGCCGAAAGCUCCAGCGAAGUUAGCUCUUUGGUGACGGCGGUAAGAGCAGCUGCCGACAAUCCACGAGUCGCUGAUACCCUGACGCCCGAUGCCUUCGACAUCCUCCGGGACUUCUUGUCAUCAUGGGGUGCACCUGUUGGUGCUGAAGAGCUGCUCUACCGACACAAUCUUCAUGAGGUCCGGAUUCGUCAGGAGGUAUUGAGCCAGCUGAGCCAAUGUGCAAGUUCGGAUCAGAGCGUUACAAAGCGCAGCUGCGAUAGCUCCUGGGAGCACUUGCAGGCAGUGUCUAUCGCAAGCCUGCAGCUCUUCCGCAGCAUGACGAAGAUGCGUUUGGAGUGCAAAGUCGUGGGAAGUCCACAUCAUACGGUUGGACUGACAAUGGUAGUAGAGGACGCGUUGGGAGACCGGGCUCAUUGCGGUGUGUACAACCUGCCGGGGGUUUACAACCAGCAGACAGCAGACAAGGCCAUUCCCCUAAACUCCACGUUGAUCAUCGCGGAGCCCUUCAUGAAGAUUAUGGCUGAUGGUACUCGAGGCAUUCGCGUGGACAACCCGGACGAGAUCCAAAUCUUCCUUCCGGGACAGCGACUUCUUCCCCGUUUGGACGCGCGUAUUUCCGCGCGGCACUCUGCAUUUGCCGGAGGACUAUCGGAAGAGCCCGAGCACGGCGUGCGAGCGCCGGUGGAUGUGCAUGACUUGCUGGGCGACUUUCAGUCCGGUGCAACGGUGGAGCUACAUGGCCUCACAUCGAAACGUGGCGGGCAACUCAACGGCAAGGUGGGAGUGGUUGCAGAUGAGCAAGAUCCCAAAGACGUGGAGCGCAUUUCCGUGGAGCUUGCUAGCACCACCGGACGUGUAGAAGAUGUAGAAGUUGUCAAAAUUCGGCCUUCCAACUUGCGCCAUGUGGCCGAGAAUUCUUUGCAGGACAUCCUUCCGGCAAAGGCACAAGCCAACGAGGCCUUUGCGAGACGUGACUAUCUUGCUGCAAUUGAAGGUUAUGGCGAGGUCAUCAGGAAGCUGUCGCUCAUCAAAACUCACGAGGCUGCAUCUGAGAAGGUGAAGUGUUUGUGCAACAGGUCGCUCUGUUUCAGCAAAUUGGAGAGAUGGGAUGAAGCUCGCGAGGACUCGCUUGCGGCAGUGGAACGAGAACCGGCCAAUGGCAAAGCGCGCUUCCGCCUGGCUUUUGCAAUAUUCCGGGCUGGCACGGUCGAGAAUCAAACCAAGGUAUCCGAUGCGAUAAAGCAUGUUUGCAUUGCGGCAGCAUUGAAUAAGGUGCAUGCAGAUCAGUCAAUCACAGACUUGCUUGGAGAGAUAGCCAGCAUGUCAGAGAAGCCUGUACCGCCACCUGGAGGCGUGGUGGCGGUCAGGUCAUCACAGCAGUUGGCACAGGCCCUUUGUAGUGCCGCUACGAAGUUCAUCUGUCUGACCCCCGGUGACUACGCAUGUCUUCCUUGGCCACCUGCAUUUCGGGUGGAACACGAUGUGACAAUGGUGGGCUUGGGUAAUGUUACCUGCUUAAAAUCUGCGAGCCAUGUGUUUGAUAUUAGGGCCCGCUUGCACAUGAGCAACAUUCGACUAACCGACGGGCAGACCAAUGUGCAAGGGGAAGGUUUCGCUGCAUGCGUGGUGAGCGGUACUGCCUCUUGGCUCACUUUGGUCAGCUGCACCGUUGAGAACAGCUGCGCAGGUGGAGUUCUGGUUUGUGAGAGCGGCCGGUGCACCAUCGACAGUUGCAAAUUCCACAAUCUGUCGCGGCAAGCCAUCGAAGUGAGAGAGCUUGGGCAGCUAGAGGCACGACACACGCAGUUUCAGCGCGUCAGGCAGGGGGUGUCGGCCUACGCAGGAGCACGCAGCGUUCGCCUUGAGCACGUGCUCAUCGAUCGCACUCAGAACGAAGGAGUUCUAGCUUCUGGUGAUCUCAAGACCCCAGAGACCAAAAUCCUUGAGCAGAAUCUUGAUGUGACGCACCUCCAACAAGCCAGCAAUCCCCGAGGAACACCGGGAUGGAAGCAGCGGGCAGAGGCACAUCAGGCCGGUCGUUGGAUAUCAAUGAUGUCAGCCGAAAUGGCAGAGGAGCUGGAUUGGAACGGCAGACUGGUGUUUUUGAUGUCGGAUUCCACGAUCAGGAAUGCUGGAGGUUUGGCCUGCAGUUUGGAUGAAGGCUGCGCAGCGCAGGUUAUAAGGUGCACUGUGGAGAAGACGAGUAAAAACUUCUCCGCUGGGUUUGCGGGUAUUGGAAUGAUGAUCAAGGGCGGGUCAGAUGCCACAGUGAAGCAGUGCCGUUUCCUGGAGAACGUUGUAGGCUUGAACGUGGGCUUCAACUACGCAGGAAAUGUCGUUGUCGAGAACUGCGUCUUUGCCAAGAACGCGUUCAGGGACCUCGUCGAAGACGGCAACACAGACCCUCUACAGCUCAUUCGGGAGAAGCUCCGUAAGGGGGCGUCAUCCGCUGAUGCUGCAAAGCUAGAGUCAUACGUCGAGACGCACCGGCAAGCCGGUGUAUGGAGCACACCCGCCAAGCAGGUUGGACUGCGGUUCCUUUCAAAGAAGGAUCGGAUUCCUGAAAUCUCAGAGAUAUCAGCAGUUGGAGUGGGCCCGACAUCGAAGCAGCCUUUGCCACAGAAACUUGCAUGGGAAGCAGCUUCAGAGAACCGGUAUGAUCUGGCAACGCCUUGUCCAUGUGGUUUCUGCAGCACAGAGCUCGGGAACAGCGCGGAGUGUGGGCAAGUGGGUCUGCUGAACCACAUCGAUUUCCCCCCGUUCAUGUGCCUGCCGGCUCGCCCUGCCCUCGCGGAGAAGUUGGACGACCCUAACGCGCAGUUCUACUUCCGUUCAGAUGCAUCUGCUCCAUUUCGUCAUUGGUGUCUCAUGGGAGAGAUACUGUCGGUGGCUAUUGCCCGCGGUGCAGACGCACACUCCUUCAUGGCAGCGGCGGGUGAGGAUGCAGCCAAGAGCAUCCAAAUACGGACGAGGUUCGCAGACCAGUCCUCCCCAGAGUCCGAUGUAGAAGUCCUGAUCAUGCUGGACGAGCCGUUGGUGCAAGGGAGCUCGCCCUUGAAGCCGGGUUGUACUCUUGCUGUACUGUAUCCAGAAGCAUCGGAGAUUGACAUCACCCGGGGAACUGGCCAAGUGGUGGUCACCGACAGUCGCCGCAUCUAUGCCUUUGCUGGACCCCUAUCAGAAGUGCUGAAGCUAUCGGAGAACUGCCUGGCGGACGAGAACUCCGGUACCGAGCUUCAGUCGGCUCAAUACCCGCAACUUGGUCGUCAAACGGCCAUGCUUCGACAGCUCUCGUCCUCUGACUUUCGCUCCUUCGACUCGCACCUCAGCUUCGCUACCUGGGCAAAGCAAGCUGCAGACGAAGAGUCCCAACGUUCGGCUGCCGCGGAAGCUAUGGCCGAAGCUCCCGUGAAGGAGCUGCCUACAGAGACAGAAGCACCACAAGUUGAUGAGCCCAUUGUGGCAACGGCAGAUGACCUCUGCGCGCGGUUGGAUGCCUGCGAAAGCUCCGAGCUGGCGACUGUCAUUCAGGCGGUGGAGGAGGCGCUACAAGAGCUGAAGGACGAUGGCUCCUUCGUCAUCAGCAAAAGUGGUGGGCGGGUCAAGGUGCAGAACAAGUUGAAGCGCAUAAAGGCCCGCGUAGCCAAAGCUGAAGAAGCGUCCGCAGAGGUGGCAAAAACGGCCGAGGUGCAUGGAAUUGUCAUACAGGGGUUGGGUUUUGGGUUUCAGGACAUGUGCUGA